AUGGGUAGAUGUAGAAGGUCGUUUCGCUUCUUUAUUUCCGUCUUUCUACUUGUACAUUUCAUAUGCUGCAUCAGCCUUGUCUCAGGCAUAAUCAGAAGAGAGGCUGCUGAAACAAGGUGCAUUGAGAGCGAGCGAAGAGCACUCCUUCGUUUAAAACGUGGAUUCGUGGAUGAUUAUGGCUUACUCUCUUCUUGGAGUAAUCAUAGAAGCUCACAAGAUUGCUGUUUAUGGCGAGGCGUAGACUGCAACAACAAAACUGGUAAUGUCAUAGUGCUCGAUCUUCAUGGAUAUUGGUCAGAUGAUCUUGACGCUGUAGUUCAAUUAAGUGGCGACAUUAACUCUUCACUGCUUGAUUUAAAACACUUGAACCAUUUGGACCUCAGCUUUAAUAGCUUCACCCGGAUCCCAGAAUUCGUUGGUUCCCUCAAAAAACUUCGCUACCUCAACCUUUCCUCCACUAGUUUAGAGGUAUCCAAAGUCCCCCCUCAGUUGGGGAAUCUAUCAAACUUACAAAUUCUUGAUAUAUCAUAUUCUUCGGUUGUUUUAAGAAACACAGAGUGGCUAUCUAAACUUUCCUCGCUUGAAUACCUAAGUCUCAGCGGUGUAGACCUCAGCAAGUCUAGUAAUCUGUUAGAAAAUGUGAUCACGCGCCUUCCUUCCCUUUUCGAACUACACCUAGUUUUUUGUCUUCUUCCAAAAUUUUCCACUAAUACGUUACUUCCAAUAACCAAUUUCUCAAAAGUUCUUUCUAUUCUAGAUAUCUCCGAUAACUAUCUUCCCCCCUCUAUGAUAUAUCCUUGGUUAUUCAACUUCAGUAACAGCCUCAUCGAUAUUGACCUCUCAUACAACGAAUUAAAUGGCUCCAUUCCUGAAGCUUUUGGCGCAUUCACGUCCCUACAGAAGUUAGAUUUGACCACCAAUGGUCUCAAAGGCCGUAUCCCAACAUCGUUUGGAAACUUCAGCAACUUACGAUCGUUAUACUUAGGUGGGAACAGUCUCAAAGAAGACCUUUCCAACUUCUUCCAUCUCUUGAAACCAGCAGAGAAGUCGCUCCAAGUUUUGGACUUGAGUUCGAAUGAGUUAUUCGGUUCCUUGCCUGAUGUUACAAAGUUCGCUGCCUUAAAAGAAUUAUAUCUUCAGAACAAUGAUAUAAAGGGAUCAUUUCCAGUAAGAUUCGAGCAUAUCUCGAAUCUCGUCAUCAUCGACUUGGCUGAUAAUCAUAUCACUGGAUUGCUCCCGGAUCUUUCAGCUCUUUCUUCAUUGCAGGAGUUAUAUUUCGAGAGAAACAAUUUGCGAGGGACUCUCGCAGAUAAGAUUAUGCCCCUUUUUGAGCUUCAAAGUUUAGGGGCAUCUUCAAACUUGUUGAAUGGUACGAUCACCGAGACUCACUUAUCAAAUCUUUCUCAUCUAGUUUACCUUGAUUUGUCAUAUAACUCACUCGCUCUCGAAAUUGAUCAUGAUUGGUCUCCAAUUUUUUCCCUCGAUGUCAUGUCAUUUUCAUCUUGCAAGUUGGGUCCUUCUUUUCCCAACUGGCUACAAACUCAGAAGAAUUUCUCCAUACUUGACAUCUCGGCUACACAAAUCAACGACUCUGUCCCAGAUUGGUUCUGGGAUCAGUUAACACCGAAUCUUCGUUACCUGAAUCUGUCAUCUAAUCAAAUUCAUGGCAUUGUUCCAGAUUUGUUGUAUGGGAACCAACCUUACAUUGAUUUAAGAUCCAAUAACUUUUAUGGCCCUGUCCCAUUGUUUCCUUCAAACACACAAACACUAGUUCUCCGCAAUAAUAUGUUUUCAGGAUCAGUUUCCUUCUUGUGUAAUUUCACCACCAUAUUUCGACUUGAUCUUUCGAAUAACCGACUGUCGGGAGAGCUUCCGGAUUGCUGGAUAAACUUAACUAACUUCUUUUACCUUAAUCUUGAAAACAAUAAACUGUCAGGGAGAAUCCCCGCAUCAAUGGGAUCCCUUACAUAUCUUCAAAUGUUAAGUUUGCGUAGCAACAACCUAACCGGAGAGUUGCCAUCUUCCUUAAAGAACUGCACCAUGUUGACGCUACUUGAUGUCGGAGAAAAUAGCCUCUCAGGUCGCAUACCUACUUGGAUUGGAAAAAGCCUAACGGAGUUACGUGUUCUUAGCUUAACAUCUAAUGGGUUCCAUGGUACCAUGCGUACAAGUUUAUGCAGGCUUUCCAAAAUACAGAUUUUGGAUCUCUCUAUCAACAAUAUCUCUGGAAGCAUACCCAGGUGCCUCAGCAAUCUCAAAGGCAUGACCGACGAAUCAAAAAAAGUUCAGUUUUUUGGGUGGAACACCGUGGGGCUAUCACGCACUAGGCUCUCGAUUAAGCGAGAUACAUAUACGUUUGAAGCAUUGUUGCAAUGGAAAGGAAGACGAUAUCAAUACAGUAACACUUUAGGUCUGGUUACUAGCCUUGAUCUCUCUAGCAACUCCCUCAACGGUGAGAUACCACGUGAAAUUACCAAUCUUUCAGGACUUGUUGCAUUAAACCUUUCCAGAAACAACUUAACCUGGCGAAUUCCUCAAGAUAUUGGAAGAUUACGUUGGCUGGAUUUCCUUGAUUUAUCAAGAAACUAUCUGAGUGGUGGUAUCCCAGUAAGCCUUUCGCAAUUGACCAAUCUUGGCCUGCUGGACCUUUCAUACAAUAACUUGUCAGGAAGGAUACCAACUAGCACUCAGUUACAGAGCUUUGGUGCUUCAUCCUACACCGGGAAUCCUGCACUUUGUGGGCUUCCGCUUAGUAAUCCAUGCCCUGGAGAUUUGGUUCCUGAUCAAAGCCCAAGAACUACAGUAGAAACUGAAGACAAUGCAGGUCAAGAUAAGCUUAUUACUCGUGGUUUUUUCAUUUGCCUUUCGACUGGAUUAGCACUUGGAUUCUGGGGACUUUUUGGAACUUUGUUUAUAAGUGAUUCAUGGAGAUAUGCAUAUCUCAAGUUCUUGGACCAUAUCACACACUGGAUUUAUGUUGUGAUAGCUGUGAAUUACAACAGGCUGCUGAGGCGGUCUUGA